UAAAACUACGCUGUUCAUUAUCCCCCGUAUUCAAGCGCAUGGAGAUCCUUGCGCUGCGUCAACUUUGCAAACGACAGAAUUAGUUUGCGCGGAGGAAGAUCUUCCAAGCGGAAUUGAUAAAACACAGAAGAAGAAGAGGAAGAACGGUGCGAACGAGACGAAAGCGAGAUGCCAAAGUUCAGUAACUUGUUUGGCGCGAGGACAUACGCGACCAAAACCCGGACAUACUCUGAUGCGAUCGAGGCUUUGAAUUCGCUGCAGACUAAUUUUGCGACGUUGGAGGCGAUUCGCAAGUCGCAAAAGAAGUCGCAGGCGCUCGCGAUUCCGGAGAUGAUUGAAUGGACGAGACGGAUAGGGUAUAAGCCGUCUGACCUUGAUAAACUAAACAUCAUCCACGUCACCGGAACGAAAGGUAAAGGCUCGACAUGUGCGUUCACGCACUCAAUAUUAGCCCGCUACGUUCCGUCAGUUCUCUCAAAGAUCGGUCUAUACACCUCGCCCCAUCUCAAGUCCGUGCGCGAGCGAAUCUCAAUCAACGGCCGUCCGCUGCCGGAAGAAGCCUUUGCGCGGUACUUUUUCGAGGUCUGGGAUCGUCUUGAGAGUUCGUCGUCGCCGUCGCCGGAGGAAGAUGAGCGGUUUGCAGCGAUGGGAGCUGGCAUGAAACCCGUGUAUUUCAGGUUUUUGACGUUGCUUUCGUUUCAUGUGUUUUUGUCGGAGAAAGUUGAUACUGCGAUUUACGAGGUCGGAAUCGGAGGGGAGUAUGAUUCUACGAAUAUUAUUGAGCGGCCGACGGCGGUGGGGAUCUCGAGUAUUGGGAUAGAUCAUACGAGGGUGCUGGGAUCGACGUUGACGGAGAUUGCGUGGAAUAAGGGAGGAAUUAUGAAGACGGGGACAAAGGCGUUUAGUGUUGAACAGCCCAAGGAGGCAUGGGACGCACUGCAAGGUCGAGCUGACGAGAAGAAGGUUGAAUUGGUAGAGGUACCAGUCCACCCGAUCGUGAAGCAAACAAAACUAGGCAUCGACGCCGACUUCCAGCAGAUCAACGCCUCGCUCGCCGUCUCUCUCGCCCAGCAACACCUCACCGUUCUCGGACACCCUCCGAGCCCGGCCUGCGACGCGACGUCGUUAAACGACGAAUUCCUUGAAGGUCUCAAGACCGCCUCAUGGCCCGGUCGGUGUCAGACGAUAAUCGAGCCGGGCGAGAAGAAGAAGCUUGAAUGGCUUAUCGACGGCGCACACACGGACGAGAGCAUCACGGUCGCGACCAAGUGGUUUGGCAAGAAAGCGAGGAAGGACUCGCGCAAGGUGCUGGUGUUUAAUCAGCAGACGCGGGACGCGGGGUCGCUUGUUGGCAAGCUGCAUUCGAUUUUGGGAACAGAUGUGACUUUUGAUGAGGUUGUUUUCUGCUCGAAUAUUACGUGGUCUUCGGGGGAUUAUCAAUCAGAACUGACGUCGAUGAACACAUCCGAGCAAGAAGUCCGUGAUCUGGUGGUGCAGAAGCAGCUCGCAGAGCACUGGGCCAAGCUUGAUCCUGGCAGUAAGCCGACUGUCGUGCGCACGAUCGAGGAAGCGGUCAAGUACGUGCGCGGGCUGGAGUACGACGAUGUGCAGGUCUUGGUGACGGGCAGUUUGCAUCUCGUGGGUGGGCUGCUUGUGGUUCUUGAAGGACGCUGAGAUGGUUGUACGAUAGUAAUUAAUAAUUAAUG